AUGCCAAAAGCAGUGUCAAGUUCCAAUGCUGCCCCAUCUCUAGCACGUACAAUUCAAGCAAAAAAACGUCGACCAAAAAAUGCCGGAAAACCGCGUCCUCCUCGUGACCUUAUUCAAAAAAAAAUAAAUACUUUAAAUGUAAACGCUACUGCACCUUCAUCCUCUACAAAUGAACAAGCUUCAAUCCCACAAUCUGAUUCAUCAUUUACUGUUUCUAGUAGUGGUGGUUUAUCAACGAGCGUACCACCUCCGAUCAUAAUUCCACAUGCACAUGAAAAUGGUUUCAAUACGAUGCCAAUCAAUGGUGAUGGAAGUGAUAAUGAAGAAGAACAAGAAGGAGAUGAUAACCAUGAUAUUCGUGGUUCAGAUGAUGAUGAACAAGAAGAUCCCAAAGAUUAUUGUAAAGGUGGUUAUCAUCCAGUAACUAUUGGUUCAACAUUUAAUCAACGUUAUCAUGUUAUACGUAAAUUAGGCUGGGGACAUUUUUCAACUGUAUGGUUAUGUUGGGAUCGUAAAGGUUCACGAUUUGUUGCUAUGAAAGUUGUUAAAAGUGCUAAACAUUAUACUGAAACAGCAUUAGACGAAAUAAAACUCUUGACAAAUGUUCGCGAAAGUGAUCCAUCCGAUCCAUAUCGUCUUAAAUGCGUUCAAUUAUUAGAUGAUUUUAAAGUAGCUGGAAUAAAUGGUUCACAUGUUUGCAUGGUUUUUGAAGUUCUUGGACAUAAUUUACUUAAAUUAAUCAUACGUUCAAAUUAUCGUGGUAUACCAAUACCUAAUGUGAAAUCAAUUACGAAACAAGUGUUACAAGGUCUUGAUUAUCUACAUCGAAAAUGUCAGAUUAUACAUACAGAUAUAAAACCGGAAAAUGUUCUUAUGUGUGUCGAUGAAGAACAUGUACGAGCUUUAGCAUUUCAAGCCGCUGAAUGGCAUAAACUUGGAAUUACACCUCUUGGAUCAGCUGUUGCAACAACACAUAUUGUAAACAAACCAGAUUUAAAAACUAUGUCAAAAAAUAAAAAGAAGAAAUUAAAGAAAAAGCAAAAGCAAAAACAAAAAAUGCUUGAAAUAACACAACAACAAAUUCAAGAUGCAGAAAAACAAAAACAAAGUCUUUUAAAUUCAGUUAAUCAAUUGACUAUUACUAAUGAAACAAAUAAUAAUGGACAUAAACAAAAUUCAUCAGAUGAAAGUGAUGAAGAUAAUGAAAAUGAACAAGUUACUGUAGCUGCUGGUGCUGCUGCUACAACAACAACUUCCGAUGAUACAAAUAAAGAAACUAAUCCAACCGAACCUGAUCCAAUAGAAAGACCUCGAGUAAUGGCUGAACGAACACCAAAUCCUGUUGUUGAAGUUGUAUCAGAAGAUAUUUUUCAAGUUAAAAUAGCUGAUUUAGGAAAUGCUUGUUGGACAUAUCAACAUUUCACAGAUGAUAUUCAAACACGACAAUAUCGUUCACUUGAAGUUAUACUCGGAGCUGGUUAUGAUGCAUCAGCUGAUAUAUGGAGUGUUGCUUGUAUGGCCUUUGAAUUAGCAACAGGCGAUUAUUUAUUUGAACCGCAUAGUGGAGAAGAAUAUAGUCGAGAUGAAGAUCAUAUUGCACAUAUUAUUGAAUUAAUGGGACCCAUACCUGCUGAAAUUGCUCAUUCGGGUCGAUAUUCAAAGGAAUUCUUUAAUAAACGAGGACAAUUGCGUAAUAUAAAACAAUUGAAACCAUGGGAUUUAUAUCAUGUAUUAACUGAGAAAUAUAAAUGGCCACCAUAUGAAGCUAUUGAAUUUGCACAUUUUCUUGAACCAAUGCUUCAGUAUGAUGUUACUCAACGUGCUACUGCUGCUGAAUGUAUAAUGAAUCCAUGGAUAACUGGUGAACGAUUAUUCAGUACAUCUACUGAUGGUCUUCUGUAUUCCGAACAAUUUGGUAAUGGAAAUAGUAAUGAAAAUAGCCCAUCUGCCAAUCUAACUGGUGCUGUUGGUUUUGAUUUUCAAUCACAUGCAGGUAAUCUUGAUGAUUUCUUAUCGGCAACUGUUGGACAUCGUCAAAUCUUACAUGAAGUUGCUGGUUUUAAUCCAGAUGAAGAAUCAGAUGAUGAUGAUAUGUCCGAUGAAUACGAAGAUAUUGAUGAAGAUGAACACUCCAAUGAUGAUGCAAGUAGUCACGGCGAACUUGACGAAUGA